AUGACGGUCCAGACGACAACCGCCAAGGUGACCUCGGUCGCCUUGAGAAUAUCCGCCCUCUUAUUCUUCAGAUUCUUUCCCGCCCACUUUCCCUCCAUCACUUUUGCGCUCUUCGCAAUCUACAUUCCUGCAUAUUUCGCCAGCUACAGGGCUGGGCCAACUGUUAGAGUAAUCGACGAUGAAGUCGACAUUACCAUUACACAGGCGACUGUUACACCCGAAACUCCGCUGCUCUCCGAAGGUGACCAGACACAACCAGACGUGGUCGCUGAAGAAGUCGAUGUAGAAGAAACAGUCAUUCUAGAGGAGAAAGAUGAAAAACCUUGGAAAGUGCUACUCUAUGGACAUCCCAGUGUUUCUCAACCAAGGCUUUCCAUUAUUACUCUCCUCAUCAACAUUGUUCUGGCGGCAUUGACUGCCGAUGCACUGUUCCGGGCUCGUUGGUACUACCCAUCGGAGGACCUUUCGUUCGUCCGCCUGGGAUAUGUCUCUCCUAGUGAAGCCAACUUCCUCAUUCGCGAACCAGAUCAAACCAAAAUGCCCGUCACUUUGCAAGUCCGAGUCAAAGGAUUGGGGACAUCGUUUGAUAGCCAGAUCUGGGCUGCGGCCGGCGUCAAGCAGACAAGCAAUGAAACCGACUUUACCCAAGCCGUUACAGUACCUUUGAGACACUCUGAGCAGCGGUGGUAUGAAUGGAGAACAUCCAACAACCAAUCUGGCGAAUUUCUGGCCCCUCCGAAACCUGGAAGCAUGCCCACUGUCAAUGAUGGCAAGUUUACUUUUCUCUCGACGUCAUGCAUUUUGCCACGUUUCCCAUACAACCCACUAGACCACGCUUUGGCCAUUCCUGGGCUCCGACAUCUCGCCAAGAAGCUUCCUGAUUUGGGCGCGCAGUUUAUGCUCUUUUUGGGCGACUUCAUCUAUGUGGAUGUCCCAGAGCGUUUCGGCAAGUCCACCGAAGAAUAUCGCAUGCAAUACCGACAGGUCUACGCAUCUCCAGACUGGGCACCCGUUGCACAAAAUUUAAGCUGGAUUCAUGUACUAGACGAUCACGAAAUCUCCAACGACUGGUCCUCCAAUACUACCGGCAUCUAUAACGCCGCUGUUGGCCCAUGGCACACAUACCAGGCAAAUGUCAACCCGCCCAAGGCUGUGCAGGCUGGCACGAGAAGCACUCGCCGCAAGGAUGCAACUUGGUACGAAUUUGUCCAGGGACCUGCCAGUUUUUUCAUGCUCGAUACUAGGAGCUAUCGUUCUAGCAACAAUGUCCCGUUUGAAGAGGAGGACAAGACGAUGCUGGGGCAGGAUCAAUUGGCCGACUUCUUGGCGUGGUUGGCUCGCCCGGAACCCAAGGGUGUCAAGUGGAAGUUUGUAGCCUCUUCUGUCCCGUUCACCAAAAAUUGGCCUGUAAAUGUCAAGGAUACAUGGGGUGGUUUCCUGGUUGAGCGACGCAAGAUUCUUGAAGCCAUGUGGGACGUUGGUGCUCGAGGCACCAGUGUCGUGAUUCUAUCCGGCGACCGUCAUGAGUUUGCGGCAACCAAAUUUCCACCACCUCCCGAGUCCAAGUGGCCCGAAUCUGCCGCUGCGUACGAAUUCUCAACUAGUCCUCUCAACCAGUUUGCCUCACCAAUUCCAAGUUAUAAGCAAGUUGAUAGCGAGGAUGUCAAGUUGCAUUACAUCCCUUCGGGAAGUUCCAAAUUUGGCUCUUUCACCAUUGAAAAUAUCGACGGACACAGCACGUUGCAAUACACUUUGUACAUUGACGGAAAAGAGCGAUGGACCACGCAACUCUCUGAGCCCACGAUUGAGGAGGCUGCAAAGACAAGCGGUUCGUUCUGGGACAGGCUCAAGUUUGUGUAA